CAGUGGAUUUCCUGUGCCUCCUUCUCAUGCUGCUGCUCUUAAAGUGACCGAAUUUCAGACUGCGAUUGGGACAUCUCUGGAUAGCCAAGGAAAGCAGUCGACACGGAAGCAAACUACAGAUUUCACCAACUCUUUUGGGGUGCUAGAAUUCUGAUUUGCUCAACCUACUUCAGGCAAGGCUGGUGGGAUCCUGGUAACUGCCUCACCAUUUCUUACUGCUCAUUUUUCAUUCCUGCUCUACUCCCCACAGCUUUCCAAGUACAUUGUGAUCUCCAUCCACUGUGCUAUCCUCAGUCUUUGGUUCUAUCCCUGUAUCUUUCUUAAAUCUUCCUGUUGGUCCCUAACACUCCAUCUCCUCAAACUCUGUACUCAUGCCUGUCUCCUGCGCCUAUCCUCACUCAUAUUCAUUCAUCUGUUUGAUCAAACUUUCUAUACAGUUCCUUUACUUUGCUCUCCAGCUGAUUUGCUGUUCAGCAUUUUAGCUCACUUCAUCCUUCCCUCUAAAUAUUUGAAGAAGCAUACGGACAGGCAAAUGGCAGAAUAAAGAGCUCUUCUAAUGGGCAUGUGCAACCCUUUAGCCCACGAUCAUACAUUUUCCAGCAGGACCAGAUAUUUUGUUACAAAGGGAUUCAAGACUGAGCACUUCUUAGAAGCACCACCCAUGAAACUUCUACUGGUCCUAGUGUUCAUGUCCACACUGCUGGACAGUAGCUACUCCUCCCAGAACUGUACCAUCCCAUGUGAUGAGCGUGCAAAAUGUGAAGUUCGUAAUGGACGCCAAGGCUGUUUUUGUAGCCCAGGAUUCAGUGGGCCCGGCAUAGAGAAACCAGACAGAAAUGGAUGUUAUGAUGACAAUGAAUGUACAAAUGUCACACAACUUUGUGGAGAAAAUGCCAACUGCACAAAUACAGUAGGAAGUUACUACUGCAUGUGCGUACCUGGAUUCCGGUCGAGUAAUCGUAAUACCACCUUUGUGACCAAUGAUGGGACUUCUUGUGUAGAUAUAGAUGAGUGCGCUGAACCAGUAACUGCUGCCUGUGGAGAUCAUGCGAAAUGUGAAAAUGUGUAUGGAGGAUAUAACUGCUCCUGUAAGGAAGGUUAUCAACCAUCCACAGGAAAAUUACAGUUUAAGCCAAAUGAUGGCACUUCCUGCCAAGCAGCAAUCCCAGCGCCAAAGUGUGAACUGAACUAUGACUGCAUAGCUGAAAAUAUUAACAGAACCUUAGCCAAAAUUAGAAAAAUAAAAGAACCCCUGGCUGUAUUACAAGAAAUCAAUCAAAACACUGUAGGGCAAAUUUCACCUGUGGAUGUGAUUUCCUACAUAGAAGCAUUAUCUGUAUCUUCUCCCUUGCUAACCAUCAUGAAUAACACGAUUUCUGACAAUGAAAUGCUCUAUAAUCUAACUCUUAAUGAAUUCAUUAAUACUGUGAACAAUUUCGUUCAGAAGGAUAAAACUGCAGCGUGGGAAGCUAUCCCGGAAGUUAACAGAAGAAGAAGCCUCACUAAACUGCUGCAUGCUGCAGAAGAAACCACGGCACUCAUGUCACAGAGCUUUCAAAAGACAACAGAAGUGGAGGUUAAUGCCAGUGAUUUAGCUUUCAAAGUUCUUGCCUUUGAUAUACAGCGCAUGGAGCACAUUCACCAGCAUGUGCAGUUGGGAGGAGAGAUUAUAAAGGUCUCUGCAAAGAAAAAGGAAGCAACUACUUCUAAAGGCACCGUUGCAGUUGUGUUUCUGCGGUACAGCAAUAUUGGCUCUCUCUUCUCAUCAUCGCAGAACUUCUCACUGGAGGAAAAUUCAGAGCAUGGAGAGACAGUAGGGUCAUCAGUUAUAGCUGUUGCAAUUCACUCCACGCCACCUAUGCUGUACCCAGUAGAGAAAAUAACAUUGACUUUAAAACAUGCACAGACUGUAGACAAAAAAGAUGUUAAGUGUGCAUUUUGGAAUUAUUCAGAAGACACAAUGGAAGGAAACUGGUCUACAGAAGGAUGUGAACGAGCACAUUUCAAUAGCACCCAUACCACAUGCAGAUGCAAUCAUCUUACCCCUUUUGCUGUUUUGAUGUCCUCAAACAACUCUGAAGUUGAUGACAAGAAUUAUUAUAUUCUCACAAGAAUUACUCAGCUUGGAAUAAUUAUCUCCUUGAUCUGCCUCUCCAUGUGCAUUUUCACUUUCUGGUUCUUCAGCGAAAUUCAAAGUACGAGGACAACAAUUCACAAAAAUCUCUGUUGCAGCCUUUUCCUGGCUGAGCUAAUUUUUCUUGUUGGAAUUAACAUGAACAAUAAUAAGCUAUUCUGUUCAAUCACUGCUGGAUUACUCCAUUACUUCCUCUUAGCUGCCUUCGCGUGGAUGUGUAUCGAAGGCAUUCACCUGUACCUUAUAGUUGUUGGAGUAAUCUACAAUAAAGGAUUCUUACACAAGAAUUUCUAUAUCUUUGGCUACGUGAGCCCAGCAGUGGUGGUUGGCAUUUCUGCCGCACUGGGAUCGAAAUACUACGAAAGAACUGAUGUAUGUUGGCUCAGCACAAAGAACAACUUUAUAUGGAGUUUUAUAGGACCAGCAUGUCUAAUCAUUCUUGUUAAUUUGAUUGCUUUUGGUGUCAUUAUCUAUAAAGUAUUUCGACAAACAGCCAUGCUAAAGCCAGAAGUUAGCUGCUAUGAAAAUAUAAGAUCUUGUGCACGGGGGGCUCUUUCCCUCCUCUUCCUCCUUGGGGCGACGUGGAUCUUUGGCGUGCUUCAUGUCAUCCAGGGAUCAGUGGUCACUGCAUACCUUUUCACAAUCUUCAAUGCAUUUCAAGGACUGUUCAUCUUCAUAUUUCUUUGUGUUUUGUCACGAAAAAUCCAGGAUGAAUACUCUAGGUUGUUCAGAAACGUCCCUUGCUGUUUUGGAUGCUUAAGGUAAAUUGAUAGAAAGCUAAGAUGAGCAGCACCGUGGAAGAAAAGAGAAAACGAGAGGCUUUAGAAAAAUUGCUAUAUUGUGAAAGUAUGAAAUGAGCUACUGAGCUGUCAUCUCUCUUAAAUCAAUUACUUUCUCUCCAGUAUAGAUAUUGUACUUAAAUGUGCAUUCAGGCACACUAUAUUGUGUACAAACAGCAUAUCUAUACAAGACAGACUGGUUUAUUGUGUAACAAAUAAGGCUUCUAAAGGAGCUCAGGACUCUUCAGGGCUAAUGGUUGUAGCUCAGAAGGGAGCAAACCCAGUGUGCAAAGCUGUUUCUGAGAGUGGCUUUGCUAUUAAUGUCAUACCUGCUGACUUGGAAAUGAAAAUAAUUUAGCUUAUUGCUGUUUAAAGAGAGUAAAUUCCAUUAGAGUGUUAAUAAAAAGAUUUUACUUUUAUCAAAA